AUUGCAAAGACCGAAGCCCGGUUUCCCCAACAUUACAAAUACCGAAACCCUACUGCGAGACACGCUAAAUCUGAUAUCUGAUUUCAGUUUACCUUCGAAUAAAAAAAACCCCUAAAUCUGAGAAGCUCGACCUUGUUUUCAAAACUCUAAAUCGGAGAAACCAACAAUGGGAUUGAAGCUAUUCGACGGUAGCGGUGACGUCUCGGAGGACGAUAUCUCAAAAAUCGAAAUCAACAAAGAGUACGCUCGCCGCUACGAGCACAACAAGAAACGUGAGGACUUGCAAAGAUUUGAAGAGCUUAAGAAGAAAGGCCUCAUAGAGCAUUCUUCAAAUUCCGGCAGUGAAGAGUCAUCCGAUGAUUCCUCCGAAGAAGACGGGUUGAUAAAUUCAAGUAAGCAUGAUUUGGAGUUCUUCAAUGCGCUUUUGAAGGUGAGAAACCAAGACCCAGUUCUUAGAAACCAACAAGCUAAGUUAUUUGAGUCGGAAGAGUCCGAGUCCGAAUCCGUGUCGGAAAAUGAUGACAGUAAGAAGGAUAAAAUAGAGGCUAGGCAGGAUUUUAAGAAAGGAAAAAAUGGUAAGAAGGUUAAGAAAGAAAAACCCAUGUAUUUAAAAGAUGUGGUUUCCAAGCAUUUGAUUGAAGAAGGUCCAGAGUUUGAGGACACAGAAGAUAAAAAGAUGGGUGGUGUCAAGAGCUAUGGAGAGGAGCAGGAGGAGCUGAGAAAAGCAUUUUUGAAUGCAGUCGAGGAGGGUGCAGAUGAAGAGGGGGAUUUGUUAAAGAUGAAAGAGAGUAGAGAAAAUGAAAUUGAGGAUGGGAAGGGUAAUGGGGAGAUUGCGAAUAAGUUGGAUCAGUAUUUUGGGGAGGACGGGAAGUUGGAUGACAAUAUGAAGUUUUUGAAGGAUUAUUUUAGGAAUAAGAUGUGGGUGGAGGAGGAUAAGGGUGGGAACAGGUUGGAUGAGGAGGGGUUGGGGUUUUCGGAGGAUGAGGAGGAGAUUGAUCGUCAAGAGGAUUAUGAAAGGGAGUUUAAUUUUAGGUUUGAGGAGAAUGUGGGUGAUAGGGUGAUGGGUCAUUCACGGAUUGUGGAGGGGUCGGUGAGGAAGACGACAAACGCGAGGAAGUUGCAGAGGGAGAGGAAAGAGGAGAGGAUGGCUCAGGCAGAGUUCGAGAGGAAGGAGGAGUUGAAGCAUUUGAAGAAUUUGAAAAAAAAGGAUAUAAAUGAGAAGUUAAGAACGAUUAGGGAGACUGCAGGAAUUGGGGAGGAUGAGGCUUUUCUGUUGGAUGAGGAUGAUUUGGAGGAGGAAUGGGAUCCCGAGGAGCAUGAUAGGAAGAUGAAAGAAGCGUUUGCUGACGAUUACUACGAGGCAGAUGAUGUGAAUCCUGAGUUUGGGAGUGACAGUGAUGGUGGUGAACUUGAAAAACCGGAUUUUGAUAAAGAAGAUGAGUUACUUAAACUUCCGAAAGGUUGGGAUGAUGAAUAUGGGUCUGGUGAUGGGUUCCUUGCUGUUAGGGAAAGAAAUUUAAAACGUAGUUUGGAAAAUGACAAUGGGCAGAUAAAAGUAGAAGAAGUUCCUGAAACGAGUGAGCGGAAGAAAAAGCAUAAAAUUUCUACUGUGGAAAAGGCAUUUAGGGAUGACUUGAUGGAUGAGUACUAUAAGUUGGAUUAUGAGGAUACAAUUGGGGACUUGCAGACAAGGUUCAAGUACAAACCUGUUAAUGCUAAAAGAUAUGGACUAAGUACCGAGGAAAUUUUUACGAUGGAUGACAAGGAGUUAAAUCAGUAUGUUUCUCUGAAGAAGCUGGCUCCUUAUAAGGAGAAGGAAUGGAAGGUGCCCCGUAUUAAGACUUUCAAUCAGAAACAAAGGAAUAAAGCACUUCUUGAAGGAGUGAUGUCAAAUGUACGGAAGACUGGUGAGAAGAAUUCAAGAGGCAAUGGUCAGAAACCAGCUACUGAUGUUGGUGCCACUGGAAUUAAGAAAUCUCAAGGGGAGGAAUUGGUUGGUGAUAUGGGCAAUCAUUCCAGAAAAAGCAGGAGACGGCAUCGUCAAGCUGAACUUAAAUUAUCACAUUCGAGGCUUAUGGCAUAUGGGAAAAUCCCCUCUAAACCUAAGAGUAAAAGGAAAUAGUAAACAUUGAUUGCAGUUUAGGUGGAUACGUUAAAUGAGAGGUCAUUGGGUGGUAUUCAUCAUGGAGUACUGCUGAUUAUGCUAUGAAAUGUUGAGAGAAUCCUGUAACAAAUUUCGGAUUGGGUAGAGCAAAAGUAUGCUCUAGUUGGUGUUUAGGAAUCAGAGCUGGCUGAAACUUACAUCGGAGGUGAUCAAGUGGUAUCAAUAUAUUUAUCCCUUAGUUCGAUAUGCAGCUAUCUGAUGAUGCAAAAUCAGAUUUUGAUGGUUUGUUUACCUUGGGAAUUCAAAAUUUUCAUGUGGAUGGAGUAAGUGCUAAUUUUUGUUGCUUUCAUAUGAAUUCAAAGAUCCAAAUUAGCCAAUGCACCAGAAAUUUCAAUAAUAUUUCCAUUUGGUGCUUGGUACGCGAGUCCACUCUUAUUUAUGGGGACUUGUAUUUUUCAUGUUUUUCCAAGUGAGUAUUCUUUGCACCAGCAGCUGGUCUUUUGCUCGUUUUCCCCUUCAAGCUUUCCAUGGAAUGAAAUUCCUUUUAUUGAAGAAAUUGAAAGAGAAAAUACCCGAGGGAAUUUGGAUUCGGUUUCCACUGUUGUUCCACCUUGUUUUUGCAUUGCCAUCGUAAAGCCUACUCCAUCUUUUUCCUAUUUUUUCCGAGUAGCAUAUGAAAGCAAGAUUGUUUUUUCUUUCAACAUCCGCAUUUUAAGUUUGCAACCCAGUUUCCUUAUGGUGGGAAUGUGGUGUGUUAGACAAUGUUCGCAUUACAAUUCUUUGCUGGAUUGUGAAUCUCAGUUUCAAACUUGUGGACUACCUAAGUUGUCAUUUCGAGCAGGAGAGGAAUGUAUGGCCUGUUGUAUAUACUUGGUGAGGAGAAAUACUGUAAAGAGUAAAGUCGUUUCUUGUCGAAUAUUAGAGAAUUUCCUCAUAAUUUGUUUAAUUAAUUGUCUCAUAGGGUCCGAUUACGGGACUAAAAAACAACUUUUUGAUACUGAAUGCCCAAUUGUCAUCCAGCUAC